GCACCGCGAGGACUUUCAGCAGAAGAAAAGCGCGUCAAGAUGCUGGAAAUAUUCCACGAGACGAAGGACUUCUUCCAGCUCAAAGAACUGGAGAAAAUCGCGCCUAAAACGAAAGGCAUCGUCUCGCAAUCCGUCAAAGAAGUCGUCCAGUCACUCGUCGACGAUGGUCUGGUGCAAUCGGACAAAAUUGGUUCAUCGAACUUUUUCUGGAGUUUCCCCUCCCAGCACGGUGCUGCAAUACAAGCCCGUUUGUCAAUUGCGCAAGCGAAACGAGCGGAAGCUGCGCAGCAGUUGAAGGAAGUACGAGCAAGCGUCGAGGAGGAGCGGGCAUCGAGACGCGAAACGGAAGAGCGUCGUGCCAAACUGGGCAAGCUCGCCUGGCUCAAGCAACAUCAAGCCACACUGCAGACCGAACUCAGCGCGUAUGGCACGUGCGACCCUAUCAAGGUCGAAGAGAUGAAGCGCGCUGUAACUCUAGCUAGGGAAGCUGCUAUCCGAUGGACGGGUGAGAGCGCGAACGCGUUCACGGUUACUCAUUCGGACAGCGCUGACUACUUUCAUAUCCUCGCCAUCUCACUGGAUGCGCCCUAUUCUGGAUACCUCCGCUCCCCCGCGAUAGACAACUACUCGGUGCUCGAAUCCUACGUUCGCCGACAGACCGGUGCAGAAACCUCGGACAUCCGGCAGCAUCUCGGCGUCGACGACGAAUACGAGGACAUCUGCUAG